AUGGCUUCUGGUGCCGACGACAACGACGCGGCGCUAGCGAAGGCUGGUGCAAAUGCCGCCGCGUCGUCAGCGAAGAGGGACGACGAAACCGUUCUGUCCCCCUGGAGAGACAUGCGUCCCGCGGCGGACGCCUGCAUGCCCGUCUUGGGCGUCGCCGAGCUCUGGCCGGAGCUGUCCCGCAGUGUGGCGGCGGCCAAAGGGAAGAAGGCGCCAGCAGCUUCUUCCUCCACUGCUGCCGUUGCUCCUACACCCAAGGCUGCGCUCCAUGAACAGUUACCGGGAAUAACCAGUAAGCAAAUUUGCGGCGCCCACACUAGCCGCCAUGGCGAUCGCGCUGUCCCGGCUGCUGCCGUUGAACCGUCGCCCACGGACGCGCCGAACAACAUGGAGAGGCGAGCCGCUGUACCGGAGCAGCCGCCGACGCACGCGUCUAGCCGUAGGAGCAGCGCUGCCGGUGUGCGAGGUCACCACCACCAGAGCGGCCGAUUCGUGCCGCACCUCCACGGCCAAGGCGGCGAAGGGUUCAACGGAGGAGGGAGCAGAAGGCCGUCCGGCGGCGCCAACGGCAGAGGCAACGCCAAUGCCAAUGGCAGCACCAGAGGCGGCGGCCGGCACGGGCAGGAGCACCGCGGACGGUUCAACGGGCAACCGCGCAGGAGGGGUCAUGAGGACGGGCACAUGCCAUUGGAUCCACCGGCGGACUAUGUCGAAGCACCGCAUCACAUGCAUCCACCACCAUUGCCGCCGCCAUUCAUACCCAUAUUUAUGCCGCCAUACUCCUACUACCAUGGGCCGCCGGUAGAAUAUGGGCCCUAUGGAUAUGGAUAUCCUGAAUUUGUCACAGGGUACUUACCAUUCAUACCAGAAGCCCUACCUCCAUUCAUGCAGUACGCAGCACCGUUGAACCACAUGAUGCAUACAAAUUUGGAGCAGGAAGCAGACCCCUCACAAAUGGAGCCGCCGCAACAGCAACAUGCUCCACAGCAACAACCUAUGCAAGCUCCUCCAAAUCAGAUACAACAGCAGGAUCCGAAGCAGAUGCGACAAGAGAUCCGCCAACAGAUCGAAUACUAUUUCAGUGCUAAAAACUUGGAGAAGGACACAUUUCUAAAGGAAAGAAUGGAUGAGCAGGGUUGGGUCCCAUUGACGCUUAUUGCUGGCUUUAAGAAAGUUUUCUCUAAAACUACUGAUAUGGAAUUCAUAUUGGACUCUAUACUACCUUCAACUGAGGUUGAAGUAUUGGAUGGGAAAAUCCGAAAGCGCCUAGGGUGGGAAGUAUAUAUACCCACUUCCCUAAAGCAACUGAGGUGA